AAAUGUUAUACCAAUUGCGCCCUUCUACCCCGCUUUGCAUUUCCUAGCAAUAGGAUAUUAUAGACAAUUAUAAAAAAAAGUUCUAAAAUCCGCAAAUUCUCGUCUCAGUGAAGAAUGUAAUUGAAUCGAUUUAGCUUUAUACGUUUCAUUAUUCUAUAACUUUACCAAAAUGAUAGGGAAAGAUUAAGAAGACUUAUUCUGAAGUAACAAAAACAGCAAACUGGUUAAAGCACUUCCUAAAAGUGCACAUUCUGCAGUGUAUGUACUGAACUGUUUUUGACUAAAUACCAGCGGAUCUGGAGAAAAUAUAUAGUUAAAAACUUGAUGAAUGGUAUUCAAAAAAGUUGACCAAGAAGUGAAUGAUAUGCGGGGACAUUCGCCAACAAACUCCGUAAAUGUGUUGUAAGACGAAACACUAACGUCUUUAUUUUUCUUCUCGGAGGGCUCGUCAAUAUGAGGCAAGGUUUUCACUGUUGAAUCAGGAGCCGAAUGCUGAGUUGUAUUCAUCAUGCUUUCCAGCUUUUUCAUUUGUAGAGACUGCGUUUCAUAUUGACUUUUGUUUUCUUUAUCAAUGUAUACCAUCGCUUGAUGUAGCCAACGUCUCCGUUUUUUUGGCUCUAAAAUUAAUUGUACAACGACAAACAAAAUUAAGUUAAUGCCCAUGAGACCCCAAGUUCCCCAUGUACUUGCUCUUCGAAUUUUAUCACUCCAGACUUGUUCUUCAUGAUAACGCGUCAGAAUUGCUUGAACAAGUGAGUCUUGUGCCUCGUCUACUUGCUCUUCUGCUUGCUCCAUUUUUUUCUGUGAAUCGGAUUCCAAUGUCUUAUUAGAAUGGUCAUUUCGGUAUAAAGCCGUAAACCUCUCUAAAUCUGUCGGACUCCAAGAGCUUUGCCUUUGUAACAGUUCAUUUACCUCUCGUUGGCUAUUCGACCGUUUUUGAACAGCAUCCAAAUAGGCCUUUCGGGCCUGCAAUGCAAGACUCCGUUUGUCUUUAAGUAAUCUUUCAUGUGUUGUUAUUGCAACUUUUAGCUGCUCAAUUUUAGAAUAUCCGGUUAAAUUAUUCACAUGUUGACUGCAUGAAUUCAGAACCUGUGUAAAUUUUAAAUUUCGAAAUUGAAGUGGCCGUAAAUGAAUUACACGAUUCCGUACGGUUUGGAUAACUGUUUGUAAUCGAGGCCACAUGACUAGUUAUUUAUACGGGAAUGUACAAGGCAUGUAGUUUGCAGUAUCACAGCGUUACUUCUUCAGUCACUCAGCUUCACCUAUAACAGCGGAAAAAUCACCGUAACUCGUACUAAGAAAAAAUGACUACUAACAAACAGCAACUGAUUGUAUUCAGUGACUUUGACGGUACUAUUACCGUUCAGGAUUCCAAUGACUAUUUGACGGACAAUCAUGGUUUUGGCUAUGACAAGCGUAUGGUCUUGCACAAACAAAUUCUAAACGGAACACUUUCUUUCCGUGAUGGCUUUAAGCAAAUGUUAGACAGCUCAAAGCUCACUUAUGAGGAGUGCUUGGACGUUUUAAAAAAGAAUAUAGCUAUUGAUCCACACUUUUCUGAGUUUUACAAGUGGUGCUUGGACAAUGGUAUUCGUUUGGUCAUUUUAUCUAGUGGAAUGGAACCCUUCAUUCGUGCCCUUUUCGCUGUGUACUUGGGUGAAGAUGAGGCAAAGAAGAUUGAAAUUGUGUCGAACGGAAUAGAUGUGAAGCCCGAUGGUAAAUGGAGCAUCGUUUACCAUGACAAUAGUCACUUUGGACAUGAUAAAAGUCUUACUAUAAGACCAUAUGCAGAGCUUUCUGAAGAUGAGCGCCCUUUGAUGGUUUAUUGUGGAGAUGGCACUUCUGAUUUGAGUGCUGCUAAGGAAACACAGUUACUGUUUGCUAAGAAAGGACGUGAUUUGAUUACUUACUGCAAGAGGGAGAAUGUUCCCUAUGUUGAGUUUGAAACGUUUGCUGAUAUCCAUGAUUGUGUAAAACAAAUUCUCGCUGAUCCUUCCAAGCUCAAGACUUUAGCCGAACAUUAAAUUCGGUCAGCUAUGGCUAUUGACAAAGGUGCCUUCAACUUUUUGGAAACAUGAUCACUUGUGACACAUCACCAGUGAUGUACAGUAUAGCCCUGGAUUUUGUUCAAUAAAUUUGGAUACAUUCAAUUUGACAACUGUGCCUCUUGCUUGGCGAAUAGCGUAAUAGUGAUUUUAUUACAAUAUUUUGUAACCAAAAGUAAA